AACCCUUAUCUUUCGCUUGCCCUCUUCUCACACCGUCAUCAAUAUCCAUCUCGAUCUUCUCCUCUCUUGCUCUCCCUCCAGCUGCACAACGAUCUAGAUCGAUCGAUAUGUGUUCUUUCUGUAUCAACUAGCAAGUUGAUUCUUCUUCUCCUGCAUGCUUCUUAUUUAUUCCAAGCUGGCCUGAAUUAGGAAGCUAGCUAAUUUAUUGAGAGACAGAGCAAGAUUGCAAGCGCGAGAGCUUUAGAGAGGCUGCUGUUGUUUCGUUAAUUCUGCUGGCGAUCGAUAGAUCGAGGAUGUGCACCAGGGGCCACUGGAGGCCGUCGGAGGACGAGAAGCUGAAAGAGCUCGUUGCGCUAUACGGGCCGCACAACUGGAACGCCAUCGCAGAGAAACUUCAAGGGCGAUCAGGUAAAAGCUGCAGGCUGAGGUGGUUCAAUCAGCUCGACCCAAGGAUCAACCGGAGCCCCUUCUCGGAGGAAGAGGAGGAGCUGCUCCUCGCCUCGCACCGCGUCCACGGCAACCGUUGGGCCGUCAUCGCUAGGCUUUUCCCAGGGCGCACCGACAACGCCGUCAAGAACCACUGGCAUGUGAUCAUGGCGCGGCGGUGCAGGGAGAGAAUGAGGCUGUCAAACAGGAGGGGCGGUGAUGGUGACGCCGCUGGUGCUGUGGAAGAUGAUAACUCUAGGAACGCCAAGAAGCCGAGGCCUGACGUGAACAGCAUGUCCUCCUUGCUAGAGAAGUACCGAAGAGAAUUUGCUGUCCCGUUUGCCAUUGGCCAUGAUAGCAAGGAGGGUUAUUGUUCAACUACUAAUGAAGACACGAAUAAUUCGGUUGAGUUCUACGACUUCCUCCAAGUGAACGCGAGCUCGAGCGAUACCAAGUGUGGUUCGAGCAUUGAGGAGCAUGAGGAGAACCGGGAUGAUCAAGCUGAAGGGCAGGUGCAGUUCAUAGAUUUCAUGGAGAUUGGGGCUUCUCAUCGUCAAUGAUUUAUCUAUAUAUUUAACUAGGGAUGCAUCCAAAGCAAGUUGUAAUGCUUUGUGAAAGAGGCAUGCUGCAAAUAGAAAUCUAACACCAAAAGUACUUAGAGGACGCAAAAAUGCACCAUACAUACAUGACAUGUAACUUAUUGAUGUAACAUAUCUGUCCAUCCAUCGUUGGGGGUACAUAUGCAAAAUUCUUCUGAGAUAAAUGAGGAAUUAAUUAUUCUCUCAUCUAUGUGUAAAUUUAUGUUAUAAUAUAAAUUCUGUUUAAGUCCUUUUCUGUACUAAUAAA